AUGGACAAUUCUAUGGUGGCUGAAGACAAUAAACCAUCAGCUGAAGCUAAUGGCCAGGAGUGUGAAAAGCAUGAUGAGCAUAAGUAUUUGGACUUAAUCAAAACAAUACUGAAGAAAGGUAACAAAAAAGGAGAUCGCACUGGCACAGGCACUCUCUCUCUCUUUGGUGCCCAGAUGCGCUUCUCUCUCAGAGCUGGAGUCUUCCCACUGCUCACAACAAAGAGGGUCUUCUGGCGUGGGGUUGCAGAAGAGCUGCUUUGGUUUAUCAAAGGUUCUACAAAUGCCAAAAACCUGCAGGAUAAAGGUGUUCACAUAUGGGAUGGAAACUCCUCCCGAGAAUUUCUUGACAAAUCAGGAUUUUCUGAACGAGAAGAGGGGGAUCUUGGCCCCGUGUAUGGCUUUCAGUGGCGGCACUUUGGGGCAGCAUACACGGACAUGCAUACUGACUACUCUGGUCAGGGUGUGGAUCAACUCCAGCAGGUAAUCGACACCAUUAAGAACAAUCCAAAUGACCGCCGGAUCAUCAUGUGUGCCUGGAACCCAGUGGAUGUUCCCAAGAUGGCAUUGCCUCCUUUGCAUGCUCUGUCAUGCUACAUCGUGAUGGGAGAGCUCUCCUGUCAACUUUACCAGGUUCUGCGACACAUGGGCUUAGGUGUACCUUUCAAAAUUGCUAGUACCACUCUAACUUACAUGAUAGCUCAUGUAACAAAUUUGAAGCCUGGGGAUUUUGUACACACGCUGGGAGAUGCGCAUGUGUACUCCAACCACUGCUCUGCUCUAGAGGAACAGCUGAAGCGAGAACCAAGACCAUUCCCAAAGCUAAAUAUCAGAAGAAAUGUUGAAUCUAUCAAUGACUUCAAAUUUGAAGAUUUUGAGUUGGUGGGUUACAAUCCUCAUCCCAAGAUUCAAAUGGAAAUGGCUGUGUAAUAAGUAGCAUAUUGCAGUUGCAUUCUAGUUGCUUGUGGCCUAGCAGUUGAUUUUGCAUUAUGGCAUCAGGCAGAUUGUGCAGAGAAUUUACCUUUAAAUGGAACACUUAGACUAUUAGCAUUUGCAUACAAUAUAAAGUCUCAACUGUAGCAUUUCAUUGGCUAGCUAGUAUUACCAUGGUGGCAACAAAACACUGCAAACACACUAAAAAAAACACUAUUGCUACAUUGCAUAAAACAACUAUCCCAUAAGCAGUUGGUUCCAACCAUUGCAGUAGUGAUUUGUCAAAUUACUUAGCAACAUUAACCCAAUAAAUUGCUGCCUCAUACAUUACAAGUUUGUGUCUUUUCUGCAGUAUAGAAAAUGUAGUUUACAUGUAAUCAUAUAUUGUUAAGCACAAAAAAAAAAACACUAGCAUGCAUUACAUUUCAGGCACAUGUAUGUAAUAUGUUGAAACACUGAUGAGGUGGUGAUGGCUGUCCUCAUAU